CGAGUUCCGUUCGUCCUUGAAACAGCGGAUCGACCCCCCAACUUCCCCACGUCCCCAUCUCGCGCGCUCGUCGUCACCAUGAAGCUCCCGGCGCAGCCGUCCGUGCCAUCCAUCCACGACACACACUGUGAUGGCCCCGGGCUCGAGCACUCGACCAUCCCCUGGCCGCGCUACCGAUCCUUCUACUACCGCUGGCUCGCCGAAGACGGGACCAAGGACGUGCCACUUCCGCCGCGCGUCGACCUGCGCGGCAAGACGGUGCUCAUCUCGGGCGCCAACAGCGGCAUCGGAAAGGAGGCCGCGUACAUCUGCGCCCUGUGGGGCGCCCACGUGAUCAUCGCCUGCCGCGACCCGCCGCCGCACGAGGACCACCCGGAGCAGGUCAUCGAUGAGUUUGUCGCGCGGAGCCACGGCAUCAUCACCAACCAGCUCGUCGAGUGGUGGAAGGUCGACUUUGCGGACCUCGCUAGCGUCAAGGCGCUCGGCGACCGCUUCAUUUCCUCUGGACGCACGCUCGACCUGCUCUUCAACAAUGCCGGAUUGAACAUGAAGAAAUUCGUCCAGACAAUGGACGGAUUCGAGCUUGUCAACCAGGUCAACUACCUGGCCCAUGUGCUGCUCACCUACACGCUGCUACCGGCGAUGAAGAAUGCCAAAGCUCCCCGCAUCAUCAACACCUCCUCGAGCUUCCACUACGGUGGCACGCUCGACUUCGCCAACUUCAACGCCGAGAAAGAGGUGAAACUCAAGAAGGGCGAUGAACAAGCGGUCGUCGCCGAGAUGGGCGAGUGGUACUGCGAUAGCAAGCUCAAGCUCGCCAUGUGGAACAAGGAGCUGCAGUCGCGCAUGUCCCGCUCCGCCGAGUAUAGGCACGUCAUCACACAUGCCAUCCACCCUGGCUACGUUGCGAGCAAUGUCUGGCGCUCUGGCUGGCUGAAGCAGGUGCCCGGACCCAUCCAAUUCCUCCUCAACAUCGGGCUGAAGUACCUGGCCAUCGACUCGAAGCAAGGCUCCCUCGCGAUGCUCUACGCGGCCCUGCUCCCGGAACGCGGUAUCGAGUCGCUUACGGCACCCGCGGCAGCCCCGCCGAAGGAGGACGUGCCGGAGCGCUUCACCGAGCAGGUUGGCGGGCGCUUUUACCUGCGCACGCAGGAGCACCCGACGCGGCCUGAGAUCGAGGACCGCACGGCGCGUGCGCGUCUGUGGAACCGCACCAACGAGGACAUCAAGGCGGCCAAGUACGGCCUCGACUUCAUCUUACCCGGUCCGUUGCCCGGCCUCAAGUGACGCCUCUGGCCGUUUUCUUGCUGCCCGUCUCUUUUCCUCCAUGUCGGUAUAGGUACGCAUGCAGUGUUGCUCAUUCGAAUGCUUAAUUGAUAACUGUAUUUCGAGCCGGAGUGUCUGCGAGGCUCUUGUAUAUAUAUAUAUAUUCAUAUACAUGGC